AGGUCGCUUACAUCACCCAAGAAAGAAGGCGGAACGAAAACAUAGAAGUUACAGUAAAGAAUAUUCGUCGACUAUCUUCCUUAAAACAGGGUUGCCAUGGCAACUGCGGACUGGAAUCCGCUUGGUGAUGUUUACUUCAAAAAAAAUGAGCUGUAUGCCAUGGGAUGGAGUGACAUGAUUGAUCUUGAUAAAUUUACAGUGGCAGCAGCCCCAUAUGGAGGUCCAAUAGCUCUGUACCGAGAUGAUUCCAAGACGGCCCGAGUCCAAGUUUCCACAAAACCUAUCAUUACAGUGUUUACUGCAGCCGGUAACCAAAUCAGUCAGAUGAGGUGGAGCAGUGGUCAAGUGGUCAAGAUGGGAUGGUCAAACACAGAGGAUCUGCUGUGUGUCCAGGACGAUGGCAUGGUUCUCUCCUACGACAUGUUCCUCAACUUCAAACGCAUGUUUGGCAUGGGUCAGGAAGCCAAGGACGUGAAGGUGUUGGACUGUGAGAUAUUUAACAGUUUCCAGGGUACAGGGAUAGCUGUACUAACCAGUACCUACCGUAUCUUCAUAAUCAACAGCGUAGACGACCCCAGGAUACGGAGGCUGGCCGAGGUUCCAGGUUUACAGUCAGCACCUAGUAGCUGGGCAGUGCUAAACCUUGACCGACAGUCCCGAGCAUUGGUUGCCAAGGGCAACGAGCUGUUUCUGAUUGACCAUGGAGGUCAAUAUCAAAACCAGACACCACAAACAAACACCGAAGUAAAAGAAUACAUAAAGAUGGCACUGUCCUUCAAUAACAAGUUUCUGGCUCUGUACACAGACAGCGGCGUCAUCCUCAUCUGUUCCUCAGAUUUACAGAAAGUUUACUGUGAAUUUAACACCAAGACUGAAGCUUGUCCCCACCAGUUAAUGUGGUGUGGUAUUGGAGCAGUGGUGGCCAUGUGGGGUACUCUAAUGGUAGUUGUGGGACCACAAAAAGACUGGAUACGAUACAACUUUGAGUCCCCAGCCCACUUAGUACAAGAGAUGGAUGGUACAAGGAUUAUCAGUAAUUACCAACACGAGUUCCUUCACAAAGUACCCGAGGUAACAGAACACAUAUUUAAGAUAGGUUCUAUGGAGCCGGGGGCAAUGCUGUACGAAGCUUCUCGAGAAUUUCAUAAAGGAUCUCAGAAAGCUGACGAGUACAUCCGUAUGAUCAAAGAUAAGCUAGAGGUCGCAGUCAACCAGUGUAUAAAGGCCGCAGGGUUUGAAAUAGAAACGGACAAACAGAAAGCCCUACUCAGGGCAGCGACAUUCGGAAAGUGUUUCCUGACCGACUACAGCCCCGAGACGUUUGUCAACAUGUGUCAGAUGCUGCGUGUCAUCAACCAAGUGCGCCACCAUAAGAUCGGCAUUCCCAUUACCUACACACAAUUAGAGCACCUGUCUAUGGCUGUAAUGAUUGACAGACUAGUCCUCAGGAAGAUGUUCCAUCUUGCCAUCAAACUCUGUCAGUACCUGAAGAUCCCGGACCAGGAGGGGGCUAGUCGUAUUCUGGCUCACUGGGCCUGUUACAAAGUAAAACAGAAGAAUGAAGACGAUGAGACAAUAGCCAGGGCCGUCGCUCAGAAACUUGGCGAUACCCCUGGUGUGUCCUACUGUGAUAUAGCUAGCCAAGCUUUAGAAUGUGGCCGUACAGACCUAGCCAUACGGCUGCUGGACUUUGAGCCCCGGGCAGCUCAGCAGGUUCCUCUCCUGAUGAAGAUGAGCAAGGACCAAUUGGCCCUGUCUAAGGCUAUAGAGAGUGGGGACACUGACCUCGUUUACACAGUGCUACUGAAGCUGAAGAAUGACAUGAAGGAUGGGGAUUUCUUCAUGGCCAUCAGAAACAUGCCCAUAGCCUAUUCUCUCUUCAUACAGUACUGUCGCCACCAAAACCCUCAGAUGAUGGAAGAUCUGUAUUACCAGGAGGAUAACUUUGUAGAGGAGGCCAACUGUAAGGUUGUCAAGAGUUUUGAUGAUGAGAGGCUGGAGGACAGAUGUGAAACUUUAAAACAAGCCAUGAACUGUUAUGCUAGAGCUAAGAAUGAAUUUGCUGUGAAGCAAACAGAUGACCAGAUUAAAUUGCUUAAGUACCAGCGACGGAUGGAGGAGGAGUUUAACCGUCCUUAUAUGGACCUGUCGCUGCACCAGACCAUAUAUAGACUUAUCGUGGAGAACAGCCACAAACCUGCUGAACAGCUACGCAAGGAAUUCAAGGUCCCCGAAAGGAGGUACUGGUGGUUGCGAAUGCACGCUCUUGGAGAAGCUGGUGAAUGGGCAGAGUUAGAGAGAUUCUCAAAGUCCAAGAAACCUCCCGUAGGGCUAGAGGCCUUUGUUGAAGUAUGUUCCAAGCACAAGAAUGUGGCAGAGGCCAUGAAAUAUAUAGCCAGAGUUCAACAAGACCAGAAGGUCAAGUGUCUGCUGAAGAUUGGUCAGAAGAAGUCUGCUGCGGAGGCUGCGUUUGAGAAUCACAGUGAAGAGGAACUCAACCUAGUGUUACAGAAGUGUGGGGCAGCUGACAAACAAUUGGUCGAGAAUAUUCGCGCAAUGAAACAACAACUUGGUGGCCGUAGAUAACAGGACACGGGGGUACGGUGUUAGGGUGGGGGCAGAAAGCAGGACUCGGGGGUACAGUGUUAGGGUGGGGGCAGAUAGCAGGACUC